UACGUUUACGCCCCCCACCCCCCCCCCAACCCAACCCUCCACCCUCCGCCCCGGCGAUUGUACGCCGUACCCGCGCGUCUCUUUCAUCCGGAGGGAGCGUGGAUAAGCGCCAGCGACCUAAGCUGGCCGAGGAUGCCUCCGUGUGGAACUAACCCGGUGUCUGACUGCGAUGGAGCCGAGCGCGCUCAACUGGAGCUAGCUAGCUAGCGAGCUAGCCAGCCAGCUAGCCACCGGGAUUCAGCCCGCAGCUCCCCCGGAACAACGUCGCCUAGAUGGGUCUGAUAGCGAAUUUAACGCGUGGGGGUUGUUGACAUUUUUUUUUGAAAAAUCAACACGUUCCCCUUAUAUUUGGCAAAAAAAAGGACCCGCCAUGUCUGCCACUAGGAAAAGGGCUACUUUAUUGCUGUAGGUUUGCUGCUUCAACGCGUUUAGCUUUUUGCUACAUUUGGAUGCUUCCGUGACGAUAUUAAGUCGGAGAGGAUCACGAUGGCCCAGCUCGUGGACGAGGCCGGGAAACUGGGCUGGGUUCUGCUCAAGUCGGCGCUGCGCUUCGUGUUCAUGUUCCUCAACAACUGUGUGGCCAUCCCGUCCUACUGCCUCUGCCUGCUGGUGCUGCAGCCGCUGAGAAUAUGGCACCGCUUCACCUUCUGGCAGCUGGAGGGCAUCAUGUUCAAGUGGAUGCUGGCCAUGGUGUCGUCCUGGGGUUGGAUUGCAGGUUACACAGUAACGGAGUGGGGUGAUGAUGUGCGGCCCAUCUCUGAAGACGAAGCCAUGGUCAUUGUCAACCAUCAAUCCACGGGAGAUGUGUGCACGCUCAUGAUGUGCCUGCAAGACAAGGGCACGGCGGUACGAAAAAUGAUGUGGUUGAUGGACCAUGUGUUCAAAUACACAAACUUUGGCCUCGUGUCGCUCAUCCACGGGGACUUCUUCAUCAGACAGGGUAAAGCCCACCGAGACAAGCAGUUGAUCUACCUGAAGGAUCACCUGGAAAAAUACUACCACAGCCGCGACAGGAAGUGGAUAGUGCUGUUCCCCGAGGGCGGCUUCCUGCGCAAGCGGAGGGAAACCAGCCAAACGUUCGCCAAAAAGCACUCGCUCCCCCACCUGACCCACGUCACGCUGCCUCGCCUCGGAGCCACCCAGGUCAUCCUGAAAACUCUUUCAGCCCAGAAUGAGAACGGCAGCGUGGGCAACGAGAGCGGAACCUCCAACCAGACAGCUAAAAAGCGUAAAGGCCUGCAGUGGGUGAUCGACGUGACCAUAGCUUAUCCCAAAGCACGGCCCAUGGAUAUUCAGACGUGGAUUUUUGGAUACAGGCCGCCGACAGUCACUCAUGUCCACUACAGGAUGUACCCUAUUAAAGAGGUUCCUGUGAAGGAGGAAGCUCUGACGGCCUGGCUGUAUCAGAGGUUUGUGGAGAAAGAGGAGUUGCUGGCCCACUUCUACGACACAGGUGCGUUCCCACCCCAGGACGGAGAGAGGCGGGCGGCCUCCCGGCAAAUGACCCUCGACCCCGUGUGGCUGUGCGUGGUCCAGUCCUUGGCGUUCGUCUCCGGCCUGGUGUGGUACAGCGCCCUGCAGCACCUCUACUGCUGCCUGUUUUGAGAACGCCGGCGAGGCGAGCAGAUCCAGUGUGAACCUCCAACAGUUGUAAGCCUUAGCCAAUAUAGUAGGAGAACACAUUCCCGAGACACGCAGACAUCCUUGCAUUCCCUGUGGACAAACGCUGAGCCUUUUGGGCCAAGGCUUCCAAAGUGCUCGGGCUGAAACUGGGCCGGCGAGGACAAGGGGUUGACGGUACUGCUGCUCUUUUAUUUUCUUUGGGUUGACUUAUUUGUCUUUUUUGCUUAGCCAAAUUUUAUUUGAAAAAAAAAAAAGUUAUUAUUAUUAUUAGAAGUUCAGCAGUUGUUAAUACUAAAAAAAAAAAAAAAAAUGCAUUUCAAAUGCAUUGUUUUGUUGCAGGCCUCAAUUCUGUGUCACUGUCAGCAGAAAGUGUGAAAUGUAAAAAAAAUAAAAUUAAAAAAAAAAGGGGGGGAAAAAGAAAUGCUUCCUAACUUAGCUGGUUUAAAAACAUUUUCAAAAUGUUGUGUGUCAUUCACUGGCCCUUUUCAGAUGUUUUUUUGUUUGUUUUGUUUUUAAAUUACAGUGUGUUUCCAAAGACAGGCAGGGAAGUGAUGUUUUCCUAGAUGUGGUUUUAGGAAAGAAACACAAUAGGAAUUAAAACAAAUGAUAUUAGAUCUGUCUGUAAUUUUCCCAUUUUGUACUUCUCCUUUCAAUUCCUAGUUACACAGCCAUUUUACAACACAAAAACUUGUGCUGGAAUAAAACAUCAAAUAUCCCAAA